AGGGAGCCACAGCGUGCAGCAGCUCGGCUACCGCGGUGGGCUCCGCUCACAAAGGAGCCGCAAUGUGCGGAGGCGGCCGCCAGCCCGCGGGGAAGGAGUUGGGAAACUGAGCUGAGCAGGUAACCGGUGCCUGAAUAUUGCUGUUCGCGGUGAUGCGUUAAAGCCUGGGAACGCCAAAAUAUGUGUUCAGAGCAGUUUUUAGGCUGUGUAAAUACUCUCGUAAUAGCGUUCUCGCGGCCGGGCCGCUGGUGCUCCCGGUGUCCCCAUAAUAGCAGCGGGGUCAGUGCCCGAGGAGCUGCCGGGGGAGGGCUGAGGGCGCCGCGCUCAGCGUUGCGAGCUGCGGGAAACACCGCCCGGCUGAACGUGUGGGUGUAACCGUGCAGCUUUCGGGUGUGCAGCCUGCUGAAAGGAACGCGGGCAGUCGCUUCUGGGGAGCGUGCUUUUUCUUUGCACGGGAUGAAUGGUGUGUGAACGUGACACGGAGUACCAGAAAUUGUCCUUGCAAAAUGAGCCAGCUUCCUCAGAAGAGCCCUUUGGCUUCCCCAUUGUCAGAGGACACGACUUCCAGGGGAGACAACUUGCCGAUGGAGAGCUUUUGGCUGGAAGUAGAGAACAUUAAACAGAGCUCUGAAGCCGAGCAAGAGGAAUGCGCCCUUGCAGAUGUCAAAACACAAGAGGAGGGAGAGGCCGAAGCGGAGUGGCUCCAGGACGCGGGGCUCUCAGACCUCAUUGGGGACCAUGGCUCAGAAAGCGACAACGCGCUGCUCUCCACCUUGACGAAGACCCAGGCUGCUGCCGUGCAGCGGAGGCUGGAUACCUACUCCCGCUCACGGAGGAGGAAGAACAAACCUCCUGUGAGGGAUGUCAGAGACAUUUUUGGAGUGGUCGGCUCUGGGGAGACGGGAAAAGAAAAAGAGGAGCCCAGCCCAGACCUGCUGCUGCACAAUCUACGGACUGCAAAUGUUCAGAAACCAGAAAGCCAGGAUUACUCCUGCACAGUUCGAAACCCUGGAAAAGAGGAGGUGUUCAACAUGGACAUUGCCUACUCAGAGCAAGCAGCUGUCCUGCUCAAAGGGUCAUUCCUGCCUGAAUCUAAAAGAAUAAAGGAUGGAAAUGUGUUAACUAAAUUUAAGAUCCCCAAGGGCAGACUAGGAGUGACCAGGAUUGGAGAUCUAUCUGCUCAGGACAUGAAGAAGAUCCCCACGCUGGCCCUUAUUGAACUAACAGCUCUUUGUGAUGUUCUAGGCUUUGAAUUGAAGAGAAACAAGGCAGCAAAACUGAAAACAACAGAGAAAAGACUCUUUGGAGUUCCACUCAACACCUUGCUGGAAAAUGACCAGAAGCUGCUCCCCAACACGAAGGUCCCUCUCUUACUCCAGGCACUGCUGUCCUGUUUAGAAAAGAGAGGACUUGAAACAGAGGGCAUUUUGAGAGUUUCUGGGUCGCAGACUAGAAUCAAGAGCCUGGAACAGAAGCUAGAAAGGGACUUCUAUAGUGGCCUUUUCCGCUGGGAUGAAGUCCACCAGAAUGAUGUAUCUGGGCUGCUGAAAAGAUUCAUAAGAGAGCUGCCUGCCCCUCUGCUGACAGCAGAAUAUCUUCCUGCCUUUGCUGCUGUGCAAAAUAUUCCAGACCUGAAGCAAAGGUUGCAGGCUCUGAACCUCCUGAUCCUGAUUCUGCCAGAGCCCAACAGAAACACUCUAAAGGCUCUACUUGAAUUUCUCAGCAAAGUAGUUUCCAGGGAGAACAACAACAAAAUGAAUCUCUGGAACGUUUCCACAGUCAUGGCCCCAAACCUCUUCAUGCACAAAGGGCUACCAAACAAGAUUCCUGAAGGGAAGGAGAAACAGCUGGCAGAGGGGGCAGCUGAUGUGGUGCGGAUGAUGAUCCAUUAUCAGGAUUUGCUCUGGACGGUCUCCUCUUUUCUGGUAGCUCAAGUGAGAAAACUUAAUGAGAGCAAUAGUAAAAGGUAUCAGUUCUGUGACAAGAGGUUAAAAAAUCUGCUGCGGAAGAUUCAUGCUGAUAAAGACAAAGUGGAAAAGAAUCAAGCGGAGCCUUCCAAGGUUGUGAAAGUCCACGCUUCGCUUCUCCUCAAGGAUUCCCUUGAAGUGCAUUUGAACAACGCUACGAGAGUUGCUGAUGUCCUGAGGCAGUUUCAGAAGAACCUGUGCCAGAAUGGCUGGAAUAUUGUUAACACGGUCAACCUCCUCAAGUGUAACAACUCCAUGGAGUGCACAAACUUGCUCCUAUAUGAAGUGGGAGGCAAUAUUGGUGAACACUGUCUGGAUCCAGACACUUACCUCUUAGACUUGUAUCAUAUCAAUCCGCAUGCUGAGUGGAUCAUUAAGCAAAACCCAUCAUAUCCUCGGAUGUUCUAAGGGAAGCAUACAGAGCAUUUGGCUGAAGUUCUUGGAAGGCAAGAGAAAGCCAUAGAGAUGUUCCUGGUACAGCCACAGGCGUGGACGAUGCUUGUGUCUUUGGAGGCAAAAACAGAUUUAUUUCCUACUUCCAGGACAGCUGGCUGAGAGUACAAAAGCGCACAUGUGAACAGGGGAGUCAAUAACCAGCACCAAUUAUCAUUAUGUAGUAGAAUUUGCGGGAUUAUCAUUAUUCACAAAUAAAAAGCCCUCCAAACACCCUGCAAACAAAGCUACAGCUGUUCUACAACAAAGAGGAGCAGCAUCUCUUGAAGAUGGUAAAACAUUUGUUUCUUCUGGAUUUGCUCUUUCUUUCGAUCGCAUCUGUGUCUUGGAGGAGAGACAGUCUGAUGUGCCAUGGUACUAAUUGUAUACUUCUGAUGAGCCACAACUGGCUGUGGCACGUUACCAGCAGCUGUGAUCCUGAGUUUCACUAAUAAGAAUGUUACGUACUGAAGAAUGAAAAAGGAUGCUUCCAAAAAUGCCAGGUGGGACAUAAAGCUGACGUCCUGUAUUUAAUAACUGCAGUUAAAUACAUCUAUGCAACAGAAGAAAAUGACCAUCCCUGGGAAACAAUAUGGGAUGGAUAGCAGCCUUUCAGCUGCACAGUUGGAUGGGGAGGUGGCUAUCCCUUACAGGCCUGCUGGUAAUGCAAGAACAAAUGUGUAGGUUGCUGUUGAUCAGAAUUAAACAAGCAUUCAUUCUGUUGGACGACCUAUAUAUCAAACAGUUAACCAAGGAAAUAUUCUGAAGGAUCUGAGGUUGGUAAUCUGAUCUGGCUGCAUGAAAACCUCUGUCUGGAGGGCUCUGUAUGAACAUGACUGUCAAAGCAAAAACUAAGCUGUGUGGUGAAAUGGAAGUCUGUGCAUCCAUCCACGUGGACACUACAGUGGGUAGCAGACUGAGCCGAUUACCGCUCUGUUUUCAGCCCACACAGUGUGGUCGCUGCGGACUGAAGAGAGCCAAAGGGAGAGCGGAGCACUUGCACUGUGUCAUUGCACAGCUGUCAUCUGACCUGAGCUCCAGUGAGACUGCACUUCUGGAAGAGGAGUGCAGAAAUAGUUCUCCUUUGCAGCGAUGCUGAAAUACCUCACGUGAGGGGGUCCUACUAUGCAGUUACAGGGAGCAGAACGCGCACCGCUCCUGAGCAUCCUGACAUCCUUUUUUUUAUGCUGUUUUUAAACACUGUUGGAUAUUUAUUCAUGUGGCAGAAGCAGGGCUGCCCUGCAAGUGUGUACUCGAAGUAUUUCGUUUGCCAAUUCCUAGCUGCACCAGUGACAAGCUCCAGUGUUAUUUCUGUUGUUUAACUGAAUUCACUUCCAUUGUGGUCUGAACUUUUCCACGUGUGUUUAUUUCUCAGGCUGAUGUUUAGCUAUCCCUGUUCAUUAUCGUAUUCAUUAUCUCCAAGUUUGGAUUUUUAUUGUCAAAGCACUUCGUUUUCUGCUUUGUCUGUCUGUGUGGUUAACUUCUCUUGGUGAUAAACAUACAUGAGAAAUAGGUGAGCCAUAGGUUGUUCCUUCUAACCUGUUGUGAAUAUGGUGUGAGUGAUGCCGAUGUCUUGAAUUUAUGCAUAUAUUGGAGUCAGUCUACUCGUUAUUUCUGGUUAAGAUGAUGCAGAUGCACUGACUAAAGGGGUCAUCUUCAUAGUAAUUUCUUUUUAAGAACCCAAUAGUGCAUAAAAAAGAAAAAAACCCAUCAACCCCUAACCCAGCACCCCAGCAUCAGGACUUCUUUCUAAUUUUUCUUGUUUUUAACAUGGGCCUAAAAGAGCCCAAUUGCUGUCCGUGAGGUUGGAUGCUCUGUGUCUCUUGAAACAUGGAGCUGGUUUAAAAUUGGGCAUUAAAAAUCCAGGGUACCCGUUCACCUGUCGCUUCUGGAAGUCUUUGUUGCAGUGAUGAAGCUCAGUGAAGAGCAAACACCAGAGAUGUUAUUCUCCAGGUGAUGCCUGAUGUGUCAGAGCGUCUUAAGAAAGACAGAAGAACCUGGUCCUGCUCAAAGAUGCUUUGCAGGCUAAAAUGCAGCCUUGCAAAUCCUUGCAUUUUUUCUUCAUCUAUCAUGUUCUAAAGGUUUUAAACUUUUUUUUUCUAUCAUACUGGAUGGAAAACACUGCAUCGAUGCCUCUGUGAACAGCAGAGUGGGUUUUUUGUGGGUUUACUUUCUCUUUUGAACACUAAGCAGUGUGAAUUGGUGCUGUGAUAAACAUGCUUGGAGGAUCUCAUGAGACAAAUAUCAGUUCUCAAAUACACAUGGAAAUGUAAAAACAAGCAGUAACAAAAGCCAUCUCUUGCAAGGCAAUGAAUAUCCUUUGUUUGUUUUUUUUUUUCCCCCUAAUUUUGUACCAAAGAGCAAAUAUGGGUUUCAAACAAUCGCUGUUGUGCAGCCAGCUUCUGGAUGCAGACUUUUCAUAACUUUUUGGGUUUUUUUUUUUACAGAUAUUCAAUUCUGUAUUUAAAAUUCAUUUAAUCGGUGGAACAAUAAAAAUGCAGUCAAACUG